GCGAGCUUUACCAGUUAGUUAUUAUUCCGAAGCCUGCGCCUGCGCACGCCACCUACACUCGGAGGCAGUUGUCGGUUCUUUUUGAAUUGUAAUUUAGGGCGGUUUUGUUUUGGUGGUUUUUGAACUGUGCUGUUUGUAAUAUUCAAGUUUUUUAUACAGGCGAAUUGAAAGACAUUGAGGCAACAUGAAGCGGGCUACGCUUUUCAUAGCUUUUGCUAUGAUUGUGUCCCAAGUUUACUCGGCGCCGCAGUUCAUCACGUUCAAGGACGGCAAGCUCGGAGUCAACUUCGGCGGCUACCACGCCGGCGUCGGCAUCGGGGGACUCCUCGGGGACGGCACAGCCGGCGGUCUGUACGCGGAGGCGGGCACGCCGCUCGGCCAACACGCCAAGGCGGGGCUCGGAGGAGUCGUCGACAAGGAUGGCAACACUUCUGGGGGUCUGUACGCCGGAGCGACGGCGGGCGGCAACGUGAGGGCGUCGGCGGGGCUGGCGGGAGGGGUGGAGGGGGGCAAGUCCGCGGGCUCGGGCUACGCGGCGGCGCAGGCCGGCGACCGCUUCGCCUCGUCGGGACUGGGUGGUGAAGCUGGAGUAGAAGGAGCUUCAGGAUUCAAAUUUUCCGGAACAAAAUCAUUAGGAGGUAAAACAACAGUCAUUGAGCAGACUGAUGUAGUACCGAUCGAAAUCAAACCUAUUGUACACAAGAAAGUGCACAAAGAAUUCAAAUUCAACACUGUUAAUGAAGUAGCACCACCACCGCAAGAAGUCCAAGGAAACGCGGGAGUCCAAGCCGAUGUCAAUAUAAGAACAAACACACAUCCAGUCGUUGUGAAAGAAGUGGUAGAGCCAUCGCCAAUCGUGUAUGAGAAGCACAUCGUCCGCUACAAGCCCCAUCGCCAUCACCUGCGCAAGCACGCCUAUGUCGGCGGGUACCUCGGCGCGGAGACCCACCCGGAGCAGGCCAUCGUCUACAAAACAGUCGCUGCCCCUGCAGUACAGAAGAGGAUCGACGUUGAUGUGGAGUCAGCGGCGAGCGCGGGCGGACAAGCGCAUGGAGGUGGGGAAGUGACCUACAAGAAGCAAGUCACUUGGGAAAGGAACCCCAACUUCUUCGCUGAUAUAUUCAAUAUCCCCAUACAAACUUUGAAGGCUGUUAGCAACUUGGUCGGCAACACGGCGGGAAGCAUCUCCGUGCAGAAGUCGGCCACCGUGCAAGCAGAUUCAGACAUAUCACCCAAGCAUGGCCACGGGUCAUCCGUGGCAUCAUCCGACGCAUCCAUCUCAGUAAACACAUCCGCAGGCAAAAUAUUCGAUGACAUAUUUGCCAUCCCAAUAAAUACGUUGGGUGCCGUUAACAAAUUCCUCGAAAACAACGUGCCUGCUCGAAAAAGGGUGGUCCUGGACGAGCACGGCGAGGCGACCCGGCUGCGCGGCCCGCACGCGCGCCGCCGCGCCAACCACGAAGUGGUCGUCGUCAGGGAGCCAGAGCAGCAUCAGGAGUAGUCUAUGAAGUGAAAGAGAUAUUGAUAUUAACAGGGGAUUGUUGUAGAACUCCGGGAUAAGACGUAGCCUAGAUGUAGUCCAGGGAUUCAGGUUCCCAUGCCAAUUUCAUAAAAAAAUUACCAUCUAUUUUUGCGUUAUAUGUAGAAUUACACUUAUAAACUUUAACGUUUAUUAGUAUGGUGGUCCAAAUACAAAAGUUAAGAUAAUGUUUGAAAGAGUGAUCGAAAGAAUUUGACAUCAAAAACCUUUUAUUCUCCUAAAUGAAACGGGAGCUGUAAGAUGAAUUUUAUAUUAUACUGAUAGGUGUCAAUACAGUGUACAAUUCAU